CAAGAAAAAAAACACAGUAGUCUAACAGGAAAACGAAUAGCUCGAGCUACUGAUGAAGGCAUGCAAAUGCAAUUUAGUGACGGAAACGGAGGUUUGAGAGCUGUAUGUGUUAGCAGAGGCUUGUUAGAUGGCAAUGUGUUUCAUUUUAGUUCGAGAUAGGUGGAAUCACCUAAGCGGUGUGUGAAAGAGGGAGAGAUAGGCGAGGGAACAAGAGGGGAGGGGGCGGGGGUGUAUGGACCUCACUGGCUACGGGACCUACAGGCACCCCGAUUGUGCUCUGCCUUCAUCAUUUUUGGAGGUGAGGACAAAAGAAAAAAGGGGAAAUCGGAAGACAGGCCCGGGAUCUGAGUGUCGUGACGGGCCCCCCGACUUCGCCGCCGCUGGUCGGGGUUGUCUGGACUCCAAAGGGUGAGGGAAAAGCGGCGGAGCAGUCGACUCGAGACCGGGGUUUCCUGCCACAGCAGCGGGAUUGUCACAAAACAGCCUUUCACUCUUCGAGGGGCCUUGUAUUGCUACGUUAUCCAGAGUUGUGAAGGCUUCUGGUCACCAGCUCCCGGAAAAACGUAUCUGCAUGGAAAUACUGAAGCGAGAGAGAGAAAACAGAAAACGGGAGCUUGAAUAGACUGAACUUGAAGUGGAAUAAAUGGAUUACCCUCCUUUUGGAAAAUUGUUGCCAUGGAACUAGGUAGAAUAAAGUGAUGGUUGACAGAAAGAAACAAAGGUAAGACAGCUACAUGCUGAAGAUACAGGAGAGGACCAAGAAGAAUCUGAACACAGCGUCAAGGAAAGAACAAUUACUAAAUAGGGACCAGAGACUUCUAUAGUAUGAAGUAAUGCAUGCCGUAGCAAAAAAAAAAAAGAAGACCGCAUUUGAAAGGGAAUGACCAAGAAAAAGAACAUCUCAAAGUGUAUAACUCUCUGCAUCCAAGAGCUGAUGAGAAUAUCAAUGGAGUGUUUGCCUCUGGGAGUGUUUAAUGAUGGUCUGUAUUUAGACCUCUUGAUUCCAGUUAUUGCGGUUUUGGUCUCACACAGGUGUGAGUCAGGUCCUGGCAAACGUAUUGACAAACUGUUCGUUGCUGAUUGUUGGGACAGAACACAUUCUCAAUGAUUUUAUUGAGAUUUCUUUGCACAAAACACAAUUCAAUCCUAACGUAGCUCUGUCCGCUUGAGCUGUAAUUAUAGUGGAGCAUACACAUGUAAAGACAUCUCUUGUGGUGGUGUGUCAGACAUCCAUGAUAUCAUCGCCUGCUCGGUGCCAAACUGCUUCAGCUUCAUGGAAAGGACUGCACAGUUUUAGUCUUGUAUUUUUAUGCCAUAGAAACCUGCUUCUCUACACAUAUUUUUUUUCUUUUUUCUUUUGAAAAAUUCAAUUUUUCAAGACUCAACUGUAAAGUUAACCUUUUUUUUCUUUAAAUGUGAAAACAACCAAACCAUGAUCACAUUGAAAAAGUAAGACUUUUACCAUUUGGCCUUUUCAUAUAUUGAUAAAGCAUAGUCUGUUCAAGUGCCCUACCCACUUUCUGCUAAAAAAAAAGAAAAAAUAACAUCUGCGAUAUAUAUUCCUCAGCUUGAACUCUUUUUCAAAGCAUUUCCUUGUUUUACUGCCAGGCCAUAGACUCUCUCUUUGUCAUUCAUGGUUACUGCCGUAAGCCUUCCAGUUUCUGAUCAGAAGCAUUCCCUGGUAUAGACACUGACAGAUAGUUCCGUUAUUAAUCCAAACUUGGGAAAACAAUGCAGAAUUUUUCUAACAGCCCAGUUCCCCCUUCUCUCCCCCCGGGGUUCAGUGGGAGGGCUGUAGGGGGAACGCCAUAUCCCCCUCAGCCAACAGACCCUCAGAUCUCCCCACGGAUGACAGAUGACUACGCAGGGAUGCAGCAGCAGAGCCUGCACAGAAGCCAUCACCACCCCAGUCAAGCCAGUCACAUGCUUGCUUACAGUGCUAGAAACAGAGGGGCAGUGGAGGCACCGCCGACACAGAGUAACAUUCACAGCGGCAACACUAACAACCCUUACAGGAAGGACGCCAUGGAUUAUUACUUUUCAAUGGGUGGAAAGGACAGGCACAGAAGGGGGGGCAUGGCUUAUGGGGCAGGAUUUGGGUACCCUAAUAUUGAUGGACAUAUACCUCACCAGUACCGGCAUGCUGGAUCUGGCUCUGCACCAGCAUCUGGCCUGAUGUCACCAUAUCCAGUAGACUAUGGCCCCAGUGCUGGUUCAGGUGGAGGUGCUGGUGCUGGAGCAUUUUCCCCUUCUCAUCAGUACAAUAUGAGUCAGAAUGCUGCAAUGCAGUCAGUGCCAGGUUCUCAGAUGCAGCACCGCCGGCAUGGGCAAACCUUCCCCGCUGUCCACCACGGACAGCAGCAUAGAAGCUAUCCACACUCUGGGCACAGAAUGACCCCUCAAUACCCGCACUACUCCCCACAGGGUGGAGCAUCCACAGGGUCAUCAGGAAUGUACAGCCCCCCUCCACAGAGAUAUCUGGACGGGGCUGCUAGCACCGGGUUCGAUCCCAAAGUCAACAGUUCUCCCAGUGUCAACUCCAGUUCAAACUCAGUCUCCAGUUCAGUUGCUGCUAACAAUGUGGGGCCAAUGGAGACUGUUCAACAGAGUUACCAUGCUUCAAACUAUCCUGGAUAUUCCCAGCAGACACUUUCACUUCACAAGCAAGCCACACUACAGCACCGCAACUCUCAGCACAAUUUAGGGGUAGGUUAUGACAACUCUCUCAAGAUGCAGCACCAGGGCCCGUCUCCAGGCUCUGUAUAUGCUAAACAUCAUCAAGCCUCCAAUCCCAGUACACCUCUAACAGCAUCUCAAGAAAUAACCAAAUCCCCAAUGCAUCCCAAUGCUCAACAAACCCAAAUUAACCAAAACUUUAGCCCGAUAUCCAACCCCUCACCUGCUGCCUCCGCAGUGCAUUCCCCCAGUUGUAGCUCCUCUCCCUCCCCUUUGAUGGGUGUCUCAGAUGUACACGGAAACCCCUCAGGUUAUGGUCUUUCACAUCCUCCUACAUCAAACCCCCGAAGUAGCCAUGGUCAAGGUAGAUUACUGCAGACCAUGCCACAGUUAAGUCCCACCCCCAACUCAAAUAGCAGCAUCAGUAGUUGUGGUAGCAGUGGCAGUCAUAAAGCUCACAGCAUGAGUGCAGUUGGAGGGAGCAGUCUUCCUCCAACCGGCCGCAACAAAUUGGGUCCAGGCACAGGAAUUGGAUCCCGAGAGGACGGCUCCUCUAUUUAUUCAUCCUCUCCACUAGACAAAAUGCAGGAUGCUGGCUUGAAUAGUCUUAAUGCCUUGAGCUCACAAGUAGCCAAUUUACCAAACACAGUACAGCACAUGCUCCUCACCGACUCCGUGCUUUCCCAGAAGAAGGGGAAAGAUGUGGGGCAGAUGCAACAGACCACACAUGGCGUGUCUCCAUCACAACCAAGGAGUCGAAAUGCAAGUGCAGCAUCAAGCACUAGCACAGUUAAAAAUGGAAGUGCACUGGGCAUCGGUGAUGGUGCCAGCUUAGAUGCUGGUGCAGAUGAAGACUCCUCAUUGAUGUCAGUUUGUGGCUCAUCAGGGACCAAGGUGGAGCGUGAGGAGCCAUUUUCUGAAGGGGAACAUGGGAGAGUGAGGCAGAUGAGUGGUGCAAGCAGUGGAUCGGAACCAACUGGUUCUCACGCUCCCGGUCAGAGUCAAACACAGACUGGGCAAGCAUCAGCUGUUAAAGCAGUCACUUCUGAUUCACCGUCAAAAGAACAAAAUGUUUCCAAAACAAAAGCAAAUGAAGCUCAGAUUCCCUCUUCAUCUCCAUCCUUUGGAUGCCACUCAUCAGAGACUGGCCCAACUUCCCAUUCAACACCUCCAGUUUCCUCAUCCCCCUCAUCCACCCCUUCCACUAUUCCUCCUACUCAGCCCAAUUGUGUCUCAGAGUCUGGUCUACCUCAUAAUGACCACAGAGGUGGUCACAAGAGGACAUCAGAAAUAAAAAAUGAAGUCAUCAAAAAUGAAAGUGAAGGAGCAAUGGACAACACAGAGAAAGGCAGUAGCCAAAUGCAGCGUGAUGGAGAAGUAAACUCACAAAAUUGUCAGGACAAAGAAAACCGGUUGCACGCUGCACCCAGAUUACACAAUGAGAGGGAAGAAAAACACACAUCUGAGGAACAGCAGAGUGCCAGUAGUGUUGGUGUGAUUGUUUCAGCUCGGUCUGAGGGAAGUCACACUGGAAAAAGCAAGCAUCCCCAAGACAACUGUAAAGAAGAGAAACACUCCUUAAGAGAGUCAAGCAGUCAUAAUGGGGACGAAGGUGUAGAUUUGAGUUUAUAUUCCUCCCUUCACCAGAAAUCUAAUUUUGGACGGCCUCAAAAUCCUCCCCAGUCUGGACCACAUAAAUAUGGAUACCCAGAAUCAACAUAUGGCUCAGAUUUGUCAAUGAAAAAUAGAGGAAGGGCUGGCCCAGCCGGUGUUGUGGACUCAAAUUCCAGAUACUUGGGGUACCAACAGUCACAAGCUGGUUAUGGCCCUAUGCAUCCAAAAUAUGCUGGAUCUGUAGCAGAGGCUUUGGUGAAGAGAGGGCAAGCAGCAGGAGCUAAAGGUCAUGAGGAUAAUUCCCAGCAAUUUCCGAGCCUUUUACAAGAGGUUCUUCAAGGUUACAAUUUAGAUAGGCGUUAUGGCAGACCAGAGCAGGCCUUUCCUGCGCAUCUCCAAGUUCAACAACCGUUUCAAACCAGACACCCGUAUGGCAUAACUGAGGUUUCGGCUCAUUCUGGACAAAUGAGUAGCUCUGGAAGGACCCCACAUCCAAACCAGAGGCAUGGAAGAGAACCGGAUUUUAACACAGAUCCUCAGUUGUCAGUGAAGUCCGAAGUGUCCAUUACUAAGAUAAUGCAAAAUGCUGAGAAAACUGAAGUGGGCGUGUCCCAGAGCCAUUUAACACAGGCUACAGAUUCUCAGCAACCCCCAACAAAACAUAUCAACUUAGCUGACUAUUCUCUACCACAGAGAAAAGUGUUAUCUAAUGUGUCCACUCCAUCCUCGGCUGUGCAGGAGCUCCUUUUGCAAGAGCCAGAGCCGCUAACGGGCACCAUUGGUCAAACUGAGUCUCAAAAAUCAUCAGGCUCCAUAUUAGCCCCAUCAGAGCGGCGCUCCGUCAUAUGUGAUGUGUCGCCAAACCGACGCGGCACGCCAGAGAGGGACAGGGAAUGUGACCGAGAGAGGGAGUGGGAGAAAAGUCAGAGUGGAGCCUCUGUUAUUCAACAGCCAUUUUCCUCUCCACCAACAGCCAAUGAUCUGAGUAAAAAGGAUAUUGCAGAGAAACAAGUAGUGAAAAUGGAAACAACGUCAAAAGACGCUGGCUCAGACGCUGCAAAUUUACAAACCGAUCAUCAUGGCAGUGGUGGAGCUAAUGAGGCUGAUAUAGAGUAUCAUUCCAAGUCUGUUCAUACAUCAGUUGUAAUGAAUGCUGACCCCUACAGGCGAGGUAAUGUUGAUAUUCCACCCUUGCCUUCUCAUCCUUUGAGCACAAACCCCUUAUCUUCACCUUCAAGGCACCAGUCCUAUCUUCAUGGUGUUGAUUUAUCAACUGGCAGUGGGAGCGGUUUUCCUGGAUAUCGAUUUGGAGAUACAAGAGAAGGCAAUAUAAUGCCACGCAGUAACCCCCAUUUCCCCUCCCACCAUCCAUACCACAAUUUAUCCCCCCAGACUCAAGCCACAAACAAGCUUCAAAUGUAUCCUCACCCUCGGGGUCCCCCUCAUCACCCCCAUGACAUGAAUGACUGGGUAAAAGCAAUGAACAGGCCAUCGAAGGAGAUGAUGAUGCAGCCUGGUUCUUCUCCAGGAAGACAUAAAGUCAGCCAAUCCGAACAGAGACAAAGAAUGAUCUCACAAACUGACAUGCCCGGUGAACAACACGCAACCAAAAUGUCCCUCCAUCAUCAAGGCGCUUUCUUCGAUUUGAAAAUGUGGGAGUCAACACACUCUGGAAGAGAAGGCUCUACGAUGAUAGAAGGAGACUCCUUCUACAGAACACAGCCUCCGGCUCCUGUAGCUUCACACGUCCCUGUUCCACCACAAAACCAAAAUGCUGCUGAACCCGAGGUCUCCAGAGUAGCAGCAAUGGAAGCCAGACUUCCCUGCCAACCUCCUCCACCCAGCUCCACUAAGCCUUCUGCUGACAUGAACUCCACUCAGCCACAACAGGUGCAGCGUCAGACUAAAGCCGGUGGUUCUGGAGACACAAAUCCACUAAUGUUGCGGAGGAGAGUUCGUUCUUUUAUCUCUCCUAUACCCGCCAAAAGGCAACUCCAGGCUGCCACAAAUUUACAUCACUCCCCUGGGGCUCAGUCUGAGUCUAGCCAUCACAACGAAGAUGACUCAUCCAGUUCAGAUAUCCCAUGUCCGAGGCUCUCUUCCCCUCUGCCCGGAGAGAAUACCUAUUUACAACCUCUAUCUCCAUCCAGUGGUAAUGCCAAGGCUUUGCCUCCCAGGAAAGGACGAGGUUUAAAACUGGAGGCAAUAGUGCAGAAAAUCACACCAAAUAUUAAAAAGCCAGCAGGCCAUGUUGAUGAUGAGUCAAAUCAUUACCCAGGCUUCUCUCACUCAGAAAUACCAGCAUUUAAUGAUUCACAGGACCAAGACUUGGCGCAUUUCCCUAGGGUUGCAGGAGGGGAUGAUAGUUACAUGGAUGAAAGUCACUCGUUAAACGACAUGAUUCCCUUCAGAGGAGUUGAUGAGACUGGGCCUUUACCUCCAACUGCCUACCCAUGUGAUCCUCAUCAGACGUCCCAAACCCUAAAACAAGACUUUGACUUUGGAUUAGGAGCCGCUGUGGCAUCAGCAUCUGGUGACAAGGAGGAUUUUACCUUGCUCGGACCUUUGCCCCCUCCUCCACCUCUUCCCCGCCCAGUCCAAGGUUCCCCACCUCCAUCUUCAUCUGCCCUGUCGGACAUUCAACAUUUCACCAACACUUACCAGCAGCUUGAGACAAGAAGGGGAGAGCAGUCUGCUGCUACCCUUCUUCGGCAGAAACUUCAAGAAUCUGGCAUGGGGUUUGAUGAUUACCCUGGCAGUGACUACUAUGGCGCCACCCCACCCCACCAUAGUCAAGGACACAUGCUGAAUAGGCAACAUCAGAUGUCCUCUGGUAGGUCCAGUCUGUCCCCACAAGAUUCUAAGCUAUCAGAGAGUUCAGUGCCUAAAGGCUAUUUCCCAUCUGGCAAGAAGAAGGGCAGGCCUGUAGGGAGUGUGAAUAAACAAAAACGGGCCCAGAACCAGGCCCAGACACAGGCCCAGACACAGGGGCAGGGCCCGCUUCAAGCCCAGGCUCAGAGCACAACUCAGAGUACCCCUGCGGCUCCAACCACUCCGACAGCUACUGCCACAACCCCGGACUUGGCGCAGACUACCAGCAGCUCACCACCACCUGCAGCACCACCCCUGUCAGACAAUAAAAACACUCCCCCACUGACCCCACCCAUUUUAACCCAGAUAGUAAAAGUGGAUGUUGAGAGUGAAGACACACCGCCAGAGAUCGAGGUCAAACCUGUGCGAAGGAGACGCAAAGGUGUGAAAGAUGAAGACGGGUCACUGCAAGCCAGAGGACGACAGAGGAGGAGAAGGAGAGGAGCAGCACCGACGGCACCACCAGGGGCCAAAGACUACCCAGAUACACCUUUAGGGGCAGGAGGGAGCCCUGGCACAAAUAGAGUAUUCAUAGAUCCUAAUAGAAAGGGCCCAUUUGUUCCACACAUUCAUGUUGAGAACAAAGUACCAGAGAUCGGGGCAGUGUGCACCAUUGUAAAUGCAGGCGGGAGUGGAACUGAUUCUCUCCUGACCUCCGCUCUUUCCUCCCAGUUAUCUAGGAGAGACAGAGACUCAGAGAAAGGCGAGACAGACGAGGUGGAAACUACAUUACAGUCAGGAAAAGCGCUUCCUUCAUCUGGUUACGUUGUUUCAGGCCCCGUGAUUACAGAGACCAAUCACUCUGGCCGCCUACUUUGCUGCCUGUGUCAGAAAUGGGCAAAUUACAAGCACCUCGGAGAUCUCUAUGGACCUUUCUAUCCAGCUGAAUAUGCCGCAAAGCUCCCCAAGAACCAGCCCCAAGUCCGACAAUGUCCAGCGACUACGGGCACAAAUAAAAUGGGACCAAAUUUAGACAUAAGCUCAAAUGCUUUGAGCGCCAUCCAAGACAUGCAAACAAGAGAUACUCAGUUUACCAAGCCCCCAACUGAGAGUGACUAUGCCAUCAGCCUUGAUUCAAACCCAAUACCUCUCACCAUGACAGCCAGAACUGCCCCCACAGCUGGUAGAGAGGAAAUGAUGAUGCACGUAACUGGCAAGUUCAGCAACAGUGCCUCCUCUUCUUCCUCCUCUUCCUUCUCGUCUUACACCAGUAAAACAACAUCGCUAACCUGGGACAUGAGUCUAGACAUCCGGCCUAUCCCUGAGCUGAAGAGAGAGCCAGACCUCGAGAUGGACCAGCAACAGACGCAAAUCCAGCAACAGCUGCAGCCGUCAAAAGAAGAAGCCCAACAGCGACCCCAACACAGAAAGCUGACCUCGCACCCCCGCUUUAAAAGGAGGCACAAAUCUAGUGACGAUUCCCCCAGAAUGGUGCCAUCCAACAGUAAGGCGUCCCUGCCCUUUCAGCCCCCUCCGCCCGCCUUGGACUCCCUGGGACCCUUGGCACAACUCGCCCAGCUGCCUCAGAUGCCCAUGGACCCGGAGGAGCUGUGGGUCCACGAAGGAUGCAUAGUAUGGACCAGUGGAGUGUAUCUUGUCAAUGGGAGACUGUAUGGCCUGCAGGAGGCACUAGAUGGUGCCAGAGAAACAUCCUGCUCGUACUGUGAGAUGGUUGGCUCAACCCUGGGCUGCUACAGUAAAGGCUGUACACUUCGCUACCACUACCUGUGCGCCAUUGAAGCAGAUUGCUCUCUAAACGAGGAUAACUUCUCACUGCGGUGUCCAAAGCACAAGGUAAAGAAGGAGAUUUCACCCAGAGCAUCCGGCCAGCCAAGACAGUUACCUGGAGCAUCGGAGAGAGGCUGAGAGAAACGCAGAAGAUGAAAGACACAGGAGUCUAGGAGCUGUUAGUUUGGACAAUAGAAGACUGAGAAAUGAGACUUGUUUGCAAAGCUGCCCCAAAUGUGAACGGACGGGACUGUGACGGAGAACAACAAAAGGGAAUGUACAAUUUCUCAACGGGAAUCAGCAUUAUUUACAGUAAAGACAAUGGAGAAAAGAAACCCUUUUCUUUCUUUCUUUUUUUCCUAAGAGAAUUGUUGCUUUUUACUUAAAAGCAGAAAAAGAAAAAAACAUGGACUUGCAACAUAGAGGAACGGAGCUACAGGUAAAAGAAAAAAAACAACAAAGAUGGAUGUGGGAUAAAAUGAGACGUCAAAACGGAUGGAGGGACUAAAGGAUCUUUUCUGUAGAGAACAAAAGAACAAACUUCCUCUCUAGGCUUGCUUUGAUUUUCCUCCGACACCCUUAACGUGUAAAACUCUUGCUUAUCAUCUGUAUUAUCAUUUACCUGUGUUUUUAGCUUUUUUUUUUUUUUUUUGGUUGCUUUGAAGAGGCGUAUUGGGAGCAAGUUGGGUGUCGAACCGAGACAAGAUGAGGAGAGAACGUUGUAUCUCGCAAGCAGUAUUUUUAUUUUAUGAUGUAAGGAUGACCACCGUUCUUAUUUUAGUCCUCAUUAUUAUUUUGUAUCCUCAUCCGUAUUUACUCAUGAAAAUGAAAUGGAUGUAUCUCACUUUAUAUUGAGUCAACCCAUGAAUUGGAUUUGAUUUUUUUGUUUUUUGUUGUUGUUGCUUUCAUUCCUGGAGAGGGAGGAGCCAGAGUGAUGUUGUCUGGAAUGUCAGGGUCGAGUUUGCCACAAAGACAUUAUUGCCUUGGAGAACGGACAUCUGUUGCCUUUCAAAAGUCACGUGCGUGUGUGUGUGUGUAUGUGUGUGUGUGUGAGAGAGAGAGUGAGAAAGUGAGAAAGAGAAAAUGAAAAAAAUGCCGAUAUCUGGGGCUUUGAUUCCAUUUUUGGUCCUUUUUGAAAAGUGUUCUUAUUUUUCAUCACGGGGUUUUUACGGUACAGAUAGUAUUCACCAGAAAAUCCGAUGGACACAAACUUAUUUUUUAAGUACAAAUGUUCGUAAUGUGCAAAAAGAAGGACCGAGCCUUGUAAGAGGAGGAGAUAACACUAUGAACUAAUGCGUCUCCGCCAUCUUUAACCAUGCUUACAGAAAAAAGAUGAAGAGGACACGGAAGCGUUUUCGUUGUUUGUUGAACUGUGUACUGUGUGCACCAGUGCUACAUAGGAAGUCUCGUUUGACUGACAGGUGUCAGUUGUUCAGUGAUUUUUUUUUUUUUUGGGAAACUGGAACCUUUUUGGAGUAGGGUGUCAUAUGAACAGCUGUGAUAGGCCAACCAUACUGGCCAAUGGGGAGUAAGCCUUACCAAGUACUUCUGAAUGAUUUUAUUGUUUAGUGACACAGCAGCGAUCUGAUCGGGAGAUGCAAAAUCCAUUCACAAGAAGCAUUGCCAUAAAAUUUAAAAAGUGAGUCGUACAUGGUGUUGUCUUUAUCAUUUUUUUAUUGUUUUUCUUGUAAAAAAAAAAAAAAAGUCAAGCUGAGAAGACCAUGCUGUAUUAGAAACCUGUCAAUAUGUAUAUGAAUUAUGAAUACACUUAAAAAAUGCUUCAA